AUGAAAGACAUCAAUGACUCAAAAGAAACUUGGCGUCUUGCUGUUCGAAUAAUGGAUGUUUGGAGUGUUGUGAAUAAUAAGGGUAUUGAACAUUUAGAGAUGAUUGUUAUGGAUUCCUUGGUAAAUUGCUUUUCUUUUUUUAAGUUGCCUACUAAUGAACAGAAGGAGAAGUCUACUCAAUCUGCAAAAUCUCUUUCUAAUUGGUCUGGUGGUUCUCAGUAUUCGCCAGUAGAAAGGUACACGAUUGAGAUAUAUGUUAGCAAUGGUGAAUCAAAAUAUCGAUUUGUAUUCUGGGAUUCCGAAUGUGUUGCUAUACUUGUAAUGACUGCUGAAUUUAUGCAUAACUCUAUGGUGGAGGAUGAUAAUGAGUAUUUAAUUCAUGUGUGUGAAAAAAAAGAAUGGAAAACCCGUCAAAAAGGUUACACAAUUGGUAGGCUUAUAUGGGUUCCUCCAACAACUGGCGAAUUGUACUAUCUUAGAUUGAUGCUCACACAUGUCAAAGGCCCCCGCAGUUAUAAUGAUAUAAAAACAGUGAAUAACGUAAAAUAUGAUACUUUCCGGGAUGCCUGUUUUGCUAUGAGUUUUAUCGGCGAUGAUAGAGAAUUCAUUGCAGCUAUUAAAGAGGCAAAUCAUUGGGGUUCAGGCAGCAUUAACAGGCCAAGACAUGUAUGGAGUAAAACAUGUCAUCUCUUAGCUGAUGGAAUACUAUAUGCUCAACAGCGAAUUGCAAACAAUAGAGGUUUGAGGUUGUCGGAUGAAGAGAUAAUGAAUUUAACAUUAAUUGAGAUUGAACGAAAUCUUCAAAGGAAGAGCCGAAGUCUAAAGGAAUUUGCUGAAAUGCCUUAUCCAAGUGGAUAUGUGGUUGAGCAGUUGGGAAAUAAGCUCAUAUACGAAGAGCGGAGUUACAAUCCAGCCGAACAAUUGCAAGAAUACAAUAAUUUAUUCUUAAAUCUUACAGAUGAGCAAAGAGGUGUAUUCAAGCGAAUAAUGGAAGCAGUAAACAAUCAACAAGGAGGCGUAUUUUUUUUGUAUGGAUACGAUGGCACAGGGAAAACCUACAUGUGGAGAACUCUAGCUUCCUACAUAAGAUCAAAGAAACAAAUUUGUUUAACUGUUGCUUCAUCGGGCAUAGCUUCACUACUACUUCCAGGAGGUCGAACGGCUCAUUCAAUGUUCAAGAUUCCAAUACCUACAAUGGAGUCUUCUACAUGUAAUAUCGACAAAGGUAGUGAUCGUGCAGAGCUACUAAAAAUGGCAAAGUUGAUAAUUUGGGAUGAAGCUCCAAUGGCACACAAAUUUUGUUUUGAAGCGUUUGAUAAAACCCUUAAAGACAUAAUGGGGCGUUCCAAUUGUUCUGACAAAUUAUUCGAAGGGAAAGUAAUUGUAUUUGGUGGAGAUUUUCGGCAAAUAUUACCAGUUGUACCAAGGGGCAGCCGUUCAGAUAUAAUACAUUCUACAAUAAAUUCAUCAUACAUCUGGGAUCACUGUGUUGUGCUGAAGCUUACAAAGAACAUGCGACUUCAAGAAGCCGGCAAUACUUCAAGUACAUCUGAAUUAGAAUUGUUUUCUAAUUGGAUAUUAAAAGUUGGCGAUGGGAAAUUGGAAGAACCUAACGAUGGUUACACGAAUAUUCCUAUUCCAAAUGAUUUCUUAAUUUCUAACUAUGAUGAUCCACUAGAAGCCAUUGUUAGUGAAACAUAUCCGAAUUUUCUUAACAAUUACAAGAAUCCAGAAUUUUUGCAAUCAAGAGCUAUAUUGGCAGGAACAAUUGAAACGGUUGACAUCAUAAAUCAAUACGUUUUGGGAUUCAUACCAGGUGAAGAAAAGGAAUAUUUAAGUUUAGAUUCUGUAGACACUUUUGACGGUGAAGGAAAUGAAGCUUUUGAUGUUUUGACCCCGGAAUUUUUGAAUACACUUACAACUUCCGGUCUACCUAACCACAAGAUUAAAUUGAAGAUUGGGACCCCUAUUAUGUUGCUUCGAAACAUUGAUCAACCUGAAGGUCUCUGCAAUGGAACAAGGCUUAUAGUUACAAGAUUGACAAACCACGUUAUCGAGGCAAAGAUUAUAUCUGGAAAGAAUAUUGGAGGGGUUAUCUAUAUUCCAAGAAUGGAUAUGACUCCAACACAAUCUCCGUGGCCAUUCAAAAUGACUAGAAGGCAAUUUCCCAUAACUAUAUGUUAUGCUAUGACAAUUAACAAAUCUCAAGGUCAGUCAUUGGAUUAUGUUGGAUUGUAUUUGCCUAGAAGUGUAUUUAGUCAUGGUCAACUAUAUGUUGCAAUAUCAAGGGUCAAAAGCAAAAAAGGGCUUAAGAUAUUAAUCCAUGACAAGGAUAACCAUCCAUUGAAUUCUACAACAAACGUCGUGUUCAAAGAAGUUUUUGAAAACUUAUAG